AUAUUACCGAAUAAUACUUUAUGGGGUGUUUCUACAGUUACUAAUACAACACUUAGUAUUGUAACCACUAGCUUAAAGAGAUUUAGCUCUGAUAAUGGAUACGGAAAUCCUAAAAUAAGCAGCUCAACCCCAGGAAUUAACGCUACUGUUUCCAAUGCCCUAAUAGCCAAUAUCACUUUGAGGUUCACAACAUCUGUCUCACUAUCAACUGGCAAUAUCUCAAUCUAUCAAACAGGCAUAAAUGGAGAAGAUUUAUUACGUCAAACAAUUUAUGGAUUAUCUGGAUUGGCGUCAACGACAGAUAACGCAUCCAGUGUCUCUAUUCCAAUUUUGAAGAGCACGUUUAACCAGCCAGAAGCUAGUUAUUAUGUGCUAAUGGAUAAUAAUUUUGUGAAAGACAAGCAACUUGAUGAGCCGAUUCGUGGGAUUGGGAAGAAUGAGUAUCGGUUAUAUACCAGAGAUAAUUGUGCUGACAGUUAUUCAGAUGAAACAACCUGUCUACUUCGAUUAACUCGCGAAGGUUCUGACUAUUUUAAAAGCUUAUCAAAAGAUGAAAUAAAUUCACUAUUCACAGAAAUCAGCAAUGAAUUAUCCCGAAUCACGCCAAUUGAAACAAAUCGUCUCAGCACCUCAAAACGCUGGCAAAACGACGCCAAGACACAACUAGUGCUCAUGGAAUUUAAGGUAGAAGCAUCCAAAAAUUCAAAAAUUGAUACCAAGCACAUAAUUACAGAUGUUGAUAAUUUGGUGCGAUUUAAAGCUUAUACACCGAUAUCAUUAUCAAAUUCUACUUAUUUUCUUGAUGAGACUUAUGGAUUUAUGCCUGCAACAAAUUUAUGGGAAAAGUACAAAUAUCAUCUUAUUUAUGUGUGUGGUGGAAUAGUACUUGUAUGCACAGCGUUUUUGAUUGCCCGUUUUCUAUAUCCAGGAGGAAAUAAUUCGAUUAUUUUUCAAUUCACAUUGAUUCUUGUGGAUUUCACACUUGAUAUUCUUUUUAUCGCAAACGACGGGCAAGAUGUUCAAGGUCUAUUUUAUCCAAGUAUUCUCAUCCUUUGCCUCUCAGUGACUUUCAAUGGAAUCUUAGCAUUCCUCACAAUACUCCGAGAAACGGCGCAAAACCAUGAAUUCUCAAAAUGGUUUAAUACGAAUACGCGUAUUACUACAAUUGUCACUAUCAUCAGUGGUGCUGAUAUCGAUGCACUGAGAAUACUCGGGUCACAAUUCGCUGGACUGAAGAUUUUUAUAAUCCUCAUUAACAAUCUCAUAUUUCGAACAUACCACGCAUUCCAAUACCGUGAUAUAUACCGCGAUAUAUAUGCAUCACAAAGUCUUAGCGGAAAAGAUAUAACUGGGAUUUAUAAUACGCCAGUAGUUUCUAUAGCAAAAGAUUUACCUAUCGGAUCAGCGCCCGGAUCUGGUUUAGGUAGUCCCAAAAUAACAUCUUUUGAAAGUGUUCGUGGAGCUGGUGGUGAUGAUGUCAAAUAG